AGUGGCACGUUGCUAUUAGAUGUUGCAACACCAAAAAUGCUCUAAUACGGAAUUAUUUUCAUCUUCUCUAUUCAGACUGAUAUUUCUUUAGUGGAAUCGUGUCUGCGAACUUACAUGUGAGACUUCAACGUUUUAAAUUUUUUUUUUUCGUUUUUAGUUAAUUGUGUAUUAUUUAUUUUUGUGUAAUUUCGUUGAGCAAUUGUUAGUGCGCAUUUUUUACAAGACGAAGUUCUACGAGGUCUUUGAAGUAAAGAAGUUUUCAUCGCAAAAUGACGGCAGAAAGUAUAUUGUUGUUGAAACUGGAGGCGAUGGCGAGAGAAAUUUUAUAACGGAGGGGUUGAGAACAGCCCUCGCCCGACUGCGACAGAGAUCAACACCCACAGAAAGCCAAACAUCCCCUUUGCACCAACACCAAGAAAACCAUCAGUACUGUCAUCAGUCACGUUACGACAGCGGUCCUUUGUCAUCAUCAGCACCAUCGAAUAGUUACUGCCCUCCUGCACCCUCCAGUCCUCAUCCUAGGAUGACCGUGAAUUCGCAGUCGGGCCCCCCAAAGUCCCCCCGACCUCCCGACGACCUUAUCACCACUGCCACCUCCGCGUUGAGGCGAUUUCAUUUUAAAACAGGAAGAAACGCCACAAAAAAUUCUAAACAGAGUCAAUCUGUACCAAAAGUGAUAGUAAUGGGCAGUAGUACUGCUUCAGAAACAACAAUUAACACCAGUACAGACAGUUCGAAUACGAUAGUUACCACGGUAACUGCAACCGAUGGAACAGACGACAGUUUAGAUUAUCCAGAACCGAUGGAUUUUUUCUCUUCCGAUAGCAUACUGGAUAAUUCUAAAACUUCGAUUCUUCAGCCUUGUCCUUUAUCUCCAAAAACUCCUGCUACUGCUAAACAACAAACUCCUCCGACAGCUAAAAAUCAAACUAUGUUCACUUUCGAGAUAAGCGAGCCUAAAAAGGGAGCCUCGAUGGAAGAUAGUACAUCAAAAAUGACAGAAACUGAUCGUAUUAAAGAGACAAAAACUGUGGAUUCUUUAAUGCGCGAACAAAUCGAAGCUUUAAGGAUAGACGCGCGAAGAAGAAACAGUUACAAACAAGCAGCGCAAAAUUUAGACGAAAUUGAAGUUAUGAGUGAUACUUGCUUCAACAGCAGUAGUCCCAAAGAACUCAGGAGGAAUGUUAAGAAGAAUCUCGACGUUGAAAAACAGAGAACGGGGAAAAAUUCACCGAAAAGAAGAGCCGAAAGAACUGCUAGCUCUUCUCCCGAAGAAACCGAUUCACCAAGACCAAAACACAGGCACAAAAAAACUAGCCGCCGUACUCGCUCCCCUAACAAAUACCACCACCAAACGUCAGAAAAUUUCGGUAGCGAUGAUCGUCAAAUACAAAAAUACCGAACAAGAUCAAGCUUAUCGUCGACGUCUUCCCGUAUAACGCCUCCGCCACCUGAUCUACGCGUGGAUUUCUUUAACGAAACGUCAGAUAGUAGCGGCUUUCAGAGGCCGUCGACGUCGUGUCAAAUGAACGGCGCCGCGACGCCAACGUUUCACACGCUAGCCGUCUACGGAUCGAGCGGCGGUGCGUCUAUGGAAAAGCGAGGAAGCGUCUGUUUGAAUAAAUGUCUACGAGAAGUGAGAGCACAUUUAGAACAAACCUGCACGUCCCCCAUAAACGUGACUACUAAUCCUCUAGACCCAGUGCACUUCGGUAGCGGUAGCACCAGGAAAACGCCCCAGGCGACGAUAGUAGUACAGCAACCUUCAGUCAGUUUGGAUCAUACGAAUGUAUCUACGAUAUUACUGAAGAACGGGAGUGAAUUUGUGUCUAACGUGCAAGAUAGUGUUAAAGGAAAAUUGAAAAGAGAAGAAAACAUGAAACAGCUAUUGGAUGUCGCUCAUAACCUCACAUUAGAGGAGAUGCAUAAUUUCGAAAUGAAAUACGGCAGUCCGCAUCACAACAGAUCCCAAUCUGUGAAAACUCCUGGUCGAUCUUCCGGAAGACCGAAUUAUUUGUGCCUCCCGCAACAAAGAUCGAGAGUGGCUUCCAUGCCGAACACAGGUGUCGAAGAAGAGUAUUAUAGACUUAGACAUUUCUCCAUAACUGGUAAGGGAGUUGUCAACAGAGGGGACAGUCUAAAAAGUCGAAGAUCCAGAUCAAAUAAUUCUGUAGCUUCCAGUAAUUCAAGUACGGAACAACUUCCUACUGCAGUAUCAGCAACAGGUUCAGCUAGAACCUCAGCUUCUUGUAGCUUAGCUUCUUCAAGGGAAUCGAGUACGAGUGCUCCAGGACCAGUACCAUUCAAAGUUCUCAUGCUUGGUGGACCUGCCGUUGGAAAAUCUUCUUUAGUAUUACAAUUUAUGACCUCGGAAUAUCUACAUGCUUACGAUACAAGCAUCGACGACGAAAGUGGUGAGAAAUCUGUAUCGGUUCUAUUGGCUGGCGAGGAAUCUGAACUUUGUUUCAUAGAUUUCGCCACAGCAGAUCUGUCGCCUGAAGGAUGCAUCAAAAAAUAUACGGAUACACACGCAUAUUGUGUUGUAUACAACAGCGCCGACAGAUCCAGUAUGGAAAUAGCAGAAAAAAUCCUGCAAAACUUGUGGACGUUGGACACCAUUAGCACAAAAGCUGUAAUUUUAGUAGCUAAUAAAGCGGAUUUAGUUAGAUCGAGAGUAGUAUCGACAGAAGAAGGUAAAUCAAUGGCGACGUCAUACGACUGCAAAUACAUAGAGACAUCUGUGGGCAUCAACCACAACGUCGACGAACUACUAGUAGGAAUCCUCUCGCAGAUCCGUCUGAAGCUAGAGAACCCCGAAAGGAGUCGCGACAUAUUCAGGAAACGUAGUUCGUCGAAAAAAAAUCUAAACAGAAACAAAAGUCCAGCUUCAGGAGCGGCGACACCUACCGGUAGCUGCCAAAAUUCGCCGAAGAAAUAUAGAGGCUCCAGAACUUCGGCCAGUUUGAAAGUUAGGAACCUUUUGGGAAAAGUUUGGGCUAGAGACAGCAAGUCGAAGUCCUGUGAAAAUUUACAUGUGUUGUAAACAAUUGUGAUAAAUAUAUAUCUUUUGUUUGAGGUAGGUAAUGAUGAUAUUUUGAAUGAGUUAGGUUAGGUUAGAUUAGGUUUUAUUUUGAAUGAAAGGAUUGGUUUCUAAAAGACGGUUCAGAUUUGAUCGAGACAAAAGCUUCCACACAUUUAUUUAUUAUUGUGAACUGAAUACUUUUACUUAACUCAACCGGUGUCGAAAAACUUCUCAGGCUCUUAGUCGUUGUUGAAUUUUUGACCUCCAAAUGCUUCUUUCAGUAGUCGAAACAUGUGGUAAUCGCGGGGUGAUAAAUCCAGACUAUAAGGAGAAUGCUGUAGCAUCAGCCAUCCCAGUAUUUACGGAACGUUGUACGUGCAACAAUUAGUUAGUCUCUUUAUAUACAUUAAAUCAACUCGGGCAUCCACUACAGAAUUGAUUACGUACUUUAAUGCCGUUCCACACUCUUAGAUUGCGACCUAGUUAACUUAUAAUCAAACCAAGACUUGAAAAGUAUAUAGCACCGCCAUCUACAGCGCUUGUCUCGAUCAAAUUUGUACCGGUUUCGUAUUAAUUGUCUUUUAUUGAUUAAUUGGAUCAAAUAGGUUGUCUCCUAUGGAAAAAAAGCCUGAGUGGAAAGGAAUAAUUUAUUUAUAACUUGGUAUUAGAGAUUUGUUUGUUUCUUUGACAUUUUUUCGAAAAUGGAACCACUAUCAUUAUUUUUGUCGUUUCCAUAUUUAUAUUCAUGUUCGUAAUUUUCAGUGAGCAGAUACUCGAUCUAAAUCUUGAACUUCGGAUUGUUUAUUUUCGUUUUCCCUCAUCUGGUUCUUCAUUUUUUCAUUUAUACUUCUGAUAUUGCUUCUAAAUUUGACUCCAACUCCUCUUGUUGUAAUAUAUUUGGUUUCUUUUAAUGCAUCUAACAAAUCUUCUACAAUAAGUUAUGGUGUUUUUCGAGUCUAUCUUCGAUAUAAACCCAAAAAUCGUGAAAAACAUUUACAUUUUUAUAAUUCGAGUAACUUCUUUCAACAACAAUCGACGUAAUUGAAGCUUAUUCAAAGUAAAUUUGAAAAUUCCUUGCAUCAGAUUCAAAGUUUCCAUUUAAAAUUUUGUAAAUUUUCUCGAGUGGCUUCGAAACGUCUUUUCCUUUAUCCUAUGGCUUCGAUAAUGAAAUUAUAGACCAGGAACCAGCGGUAAAAAACGUUAAUCAUGGAAUUUUGUUAAUCAACGUCAAUUUUUAUAAAAAUUUGGAUGUAAACUUUAAUUAGCCCCUAAUUCAAAAUCUAUUCUGUACCGAAUGGUGUUUUUCAUUAUUUAGGAGUGAAAAUUACCCUUUAUCGUAAAAAACUUCGAUUUUAGUAUGUAUUGGAGUGAAAUGAAAAUUAAAUGUUUUAGAAAAUUAAUCACGUUUGAUCAGUGAUCAGUGAUAAUAAGUUUAGCUGAUAGAUCUAUCCAACAAUCAGAUCCUGAAUUUAGAAUCCUUGAAUUAUCCAAAUAUUUCACUAAAUUAAAAUCUAAGACACGAAAAAACAAAAGAUAUUAUAUAUCAAGUGCCUUGUACUAAUUUUGACACUGUUCACAUAGGACAGAUAUCUCAGUAUUUAUAAAAUGGACUAAUAGGUCAAAAAUACGAUAAAAAAGGCUUUGAGGAAACAUGAAAUAGAAAAAAAACAUGAAAUAGAAAAAAAACAUGAUGUAGGUAAUUUGUUUGUUUUUCAAAAAUUAUUUUAAAAAAACCUAAUUUUAAAACAGAAGAGUCCUAAAAUCAAAAAUUUCGAAGCACGUAAAACGUACAAUCGAGUAACAGCCGGCAUAUUGUAAAUUUUGAAAUUUUGAAGAAAAAAACAGUUUUUCGACAAUAAGUCGCUUAAUUUUGAAGUUAGAAACUUUUUGUAGAGGAUUUCACGUCAUUUUAAUUAAAACUUUUUCCAUCUUCCGGUUUCGAAAAGGGUGCAGCUCAAAGGGGUUGCAAAUGAAAACUUUGAACUAAUGUAUCUCGUUCAAUUUUGGUGAUACAUAAAUUUGAAAAAACAAAUAUUUGCAAGAAAAACGAAUAGUUUUUGGUUUGCUUACAAAAUUUUCAUUACGGAAAUGUAUAGUUCAAUUUAAUCGAUCAUUUUUUCCAAAAUAAACAUUCAAAACCGGUCAAAUCACAUAGAUCUCAUUAAUAAUACAUAAAGUUCAUUACAAGUGGAUUACGAGUAAUUUCAAUUAGGGUGGUAAUGGUGAGUGUAUAAUUAUGAAAUUUUUUCAAAAAAGAAAAACGAAGAAACCUUAUUUUUAGUUAUAAAUCAGUCUCUUAUGCAAAAGACUUUUGAGAGGGCUCAUUUUAAAGGUUUUUCUAUGUGUUUUGGAAAUAUUUCGUGAGUUUUUUCCAAAAAUUUCAUCAAUUUCGAGUUAUUUGAGGUUAAUGGUUUUCAAUUUCGGGAUUGUUCCCUUAAAAAUUGCCAACGAGCAAUAAUUCAGUUAUUAUUUAAUUCACAGAGGUCCUUAAAAACGAUUUUCUUCGUUUUUCUAUCAACUACAUUUAGUUAUUAAUAAAAAACUGAAAAAAUAUGCGUUUUUUUCUAUAAAAAAUAAGCAAUUCCAAUCGUUAAUUACUCUAAAAGUACCAACUUUAGUUAAAAACUUGCUUAGAAUUAGUUAAUAAUAAAAUAUGAUUUAAAUGAAAUAAAUUUUCAUCUCCAAGAUAAAAGCAUCCUUCGGUAUAGGGUAGAUUAUGAAGAAGGUUAUAAAUACUACCUCAAAACCAAUUUUCAAGAAAAUCGAUUGUGAAAAUUCCACGGGAAAUCGGCUUGUACCUGGCCUAUUAAAUUAUUUGGUUUUAGUGAGAACCUUUUAUUAUAAAAAAUUAUACAUUGAGACAUAUCGAAAAAAAAACAAUUUAAUCUCGACUAAAAACCAAAAUUUAAUCCAGUAUACUGUAAUUAUAAGUAGAUUUUUCAAAUUAGUUUUAAGAUAAUUCAAAAAAUUAUAUUUGUAUGUGAUUUUAAGAAAUAUUUGUUAUUGUUUUUUAUACUUUCCACUAGUUAAUUAUAUUAAAAUUGUUUUUACUUUCUAUAAUUAAAAUUUUUUGUACGUUGAAUCGUAUAUUUCUCUUUAACAUGUUCUUAAUCACUAAUCAAACAUUCAUGUACAUUAUUGCAUCUCGACGAAAGGCAAAUGCCGAAAAAAAUAUUUUACUCAAAUAAAGGGACAGUAACAGAGCAAAAAUUCAAUUAACAUUGAGUAAAAUAAUACCAAAUCACGUGAUUAACAAUUAAAUUAAAAAUAAGUCCAAUAAUAACUCAUGACUACAAGGUCAAGCUAACUUCCUCGCCAGAUUUGUAUCAGCAAAUCCACCAGAACUCAUUCUUGGCUUUCUUGGUAUAUACAAAAGUGUCACUAUUGCAUUUUUCAUUAAUUUGGUCGCGAAAGAAACUUUAGAGAUGAAUGGAGACACCUGGAAUAAGACAAACUAAAGCACAUAUAGAUUUACCUUCUAAAUAUUUUACCAAUCAAUAGUUUCACUUGUACAAGUGCGAAAUUAGACUAAUGACUGACUUAUUAACUAGAUACCUAGGAUUACCUAGCUAUUAAAGUGGACAAGCCUUAAGGUUGAACCCCAUUAGCAACACGUCACGCCACACCAUGCAACGUCGAUUCACGUUGUACAUUGUUGUGUAUAGAUUUGUAUCAGGCCCAGGUUUAAUUUAAAUUAAAUUUGAAUAUUAAAUAGCUUGGAUGCAUUUCGAGUCUAUCUUCAAUAUAAACCCAAAAAUCGUGAAAAGCAUGAUGUUUUUCGAGUCUAUCUUUAAUAUAAACCCAAAAAUCCUAAGAAACAUGAUGCAUUUCGAGUCGUAUCUUCAAUAUAAACCCAGAAAUCGUGAAAAACAUGAUGCAUUUCGAGUUUAUCUUUAAUAUAAACCCAGAAAUCGUGAAAAACAUGAUGCAUUUCGAGUCUAUCUUCAAUAUAAACCCAGAAAUCGUGAAAAACAUGAUGCAUUUCGAUUCUAUCUUCAAUAUAAACCCAAAAAUCAUAAGAAACAUGAUGCAUUUCGAGUCUAUCUUCAAUAUAAACCCAGAAAUCGUGAAAAACAUGAUGCAUUUCGAGUCUAUCUUCAAUAUAAACCCAGAAAUCGUGAAAAACAUGAUGCAUUUCGAUUCUAUCUUCAAUAUAAACCCAAAAAUCGCAAAAAAAGGAUGCAUUUCGAGUCUAUCUUCAAUAUAAACCCAAAAAUCAUAAGAAACAUGAUGCAUUUCGAGUCUAUCUUCAAUAUAAACCCAAAAAUCGCAAAAAAAGGAUGCAUUUCGAGUCUAUCUUCAAUAUAAACCCAAAAAUCGCAAAAAAAGGAUGCAUUUCGAGUCUAUCUUCAAUAUAAAUCCAAAAAUCAUAAGAAACAUGAUGCAUUUCGAGUCUAUUUUCAAUAUAAACCCAGAAAUCGUGAAAAACAUGAUGCAUUUCGAUUCUAUCUUUAAUAUAAACCCAAAAAUCGCAAAAAAGGAUGCAUUUCGAGUCUAUCUUCAAUAUAAACCGAAAAAUCCUAAGAAACAUGAUGCAUUCCAAGUCUAUCUUCAAUAUAAACCCAAAAAUCGUAAAAAACUUUCCCAUAGACUAGCAUACAAAAGCAAAAGAGAGGCAUUGACACGUCUUAGCACGCGUUACAUCUGAGAAUUUUGAAUCGUAGGAUGAUGUGGCGUGGCGUGGUGGGGCGUGGUCUGAUUAUGUACGAAAACAAUUGCAUUAAAUGGAAAAACAUAUGCACACAUAUUCAACAAGUGGCGUGGUGUGGCGUGGCGUGAGUCUGGGCUCUUAUAGUGUUAUAAAAGUGCUUGAUUAGCUUUUGAAACGAUAUGAGCCUUUAAAAUUUUCUAGUGAGGUGUACAGAAGGUCUAUCAAAAGGCUUUUGUGCUCAAUGAUCAUUCACCUUCCACGUCUGAAAAUCUGGGCAGUAGAAAUGGCGAUAAUAUGGGCCAGUAAACAGUUAAAUGGUUUCCUUGGAAUAAAUUGAUUCUUCUCGGUUUUUCCGUCGUCGUUUUCCAUUAUUUUCAAAGACAAAGAUUUUGAAAAAUCCGUAUCCGUGAAAUCUGUCACUACUUACCUCAAAUUAAAAGAGAUAAUUAUCACAUGGAGAUCAGCAAAAACGUCCAGUGGGGACAUUUUUGAGUCAACGUUUGUCCAAUGGUUUUGAAAUGGGUUAAAAAGUUAAAAUUUCAAAAAUAUCAAUGAUUACAUAAUUUUCACUUCAUAAAAUCAUAAAAAAAUGAAAAAAAUAGUGUUUCUAAAGCACGAUCGUCAAAUUCAAAGUAUGCGGCAGUGUGAUAAAUAUAUAAUUAAACAAUCAUUGAUACAAAAUAAAAAAAAGGGACUUUGCGACAAAUUUGCAAGAAAAACAGUUUUUGAGGGCAAUAAAAGGGACUUCAAGGACCUCACUAAAAGCCCUGAAGUACUUAAAGGGAUGGUUUUAGCAUCCUAUAUUGGUUGGAGACAAAGUAAUUUCGAUUCUGCUCAAUGAGCUUUCAUAAGCUCAUAAAACUUCUUGUCCUUGUCAGCAAAAAACUGAAGCAGUUGCGAUUGAAUAUCAUCGUCAUUUGUGAAAGUUUGAUCAUUCAAACUUCGAAAUAAAUGGUAAUCAGAUGGUGCCAGAUCUGGGCUGUAUGGGGGAUGCGGCAUCACUUCCCAGACAAAAUCCAAUAGUUUCCCACGAGUUUGUUUCCGAUUUGACAAUUCUUGACGUUUUUCUUUGGUUGCUUCAUCCAGUUUCAUUAAUUAUUGACAGUAAAGAUCAGAAUUAAUCGUUUGGUUCCUUGGAAACACCUCAAAAAACACAACAUCUUUGUAAUUUCAUCAAAUUGACAGCACGAGCUUUUUUAUUGUUUUUCAGCUUUCUAUAUGGUUUUGUGAUGGUUAAUCUUGUUUGCUUCAUGAUCGUUGUGUUGAAUGAAUUUCUUCCAAUUCGUGAGGUGCGAUCCUCUUCAAUUAUGACUUUGAUUUGGUCAUCAUCAACUUCAGUAGACCCAAAAAUAAAUAGCUUUGGUUUCAAUCUCAGGUUUUAGCUACAGCGCCUGGACUAUAUUAUGCUCCGGCGUAGCUUUAAAACACAAUUCAACUUCUUGCGGUAUUUACUACCCAAAACCCUUCGGUGAUUGGAGUAUGUGGGGUUGCAUCAAUGUUUUUUCAACCAUUCAUAACCAUUCGAUAAAUGUUUGUGAAUUAAAAAUAAAACAAAAAAAAAUAUUCAAUCAAUUUGGGUCCACCUUGUUGAUAAUAGUGUAUAGAAAUUAGAUAUUAACAUCAGUAUAAAGUAUUUAUGAAUUGAUUACACGUUUCGUAUUUACUUAAUACAAGUAUCAUUACUACAAAAAACGAGUUAAGUUCAUUUUAAAUGUGUUUUUUUGAAAUAUUAAAUUUCGUUGUAACAUAUUUUCACAUAAAUAUUCAUGGACUGGAUGUAAAUUGUCGAAUAUUUAUGUAGAAAACCUUUUGAUUUAUUGUAGAUUUUAUCAAUCAAAUAUAAUAGAAUAACCUUAAAGUUAGGCUAUUUGACCAAUUUUUGUUGUGCCUUCUUUUAGAGGCUUAGUAAAAUGAAAAAAAAAAACAUAUUUUCAUCGUAAUAUCAGUAAACUAUAUUUUAAUAUCAAGCUUAAUCUACUGAUGUCGUUAGCUAUUUUGAAAACUACGAUUACCAUAAACGAAUAUGUCCAUGCAUAUCCACGCGCGAUUUCUCUCGCACAAUAUGACGUCACGUUGGAAUCAAAUUUGAGCAUCGAUUAUCCGGAUUAAUUGAUGCAUGUCAGUGUCCGCAUAAAUAAUUUGGACUGGAUUUUCAAACAAAAAGCAGCAAAUAGAAUCCACAGAACACCUUUAAGAUAUUUUUUUUGCUAAAGACUACUACAAUACAAACACCUUUUUUUGUAGCUAAAUCUCUACAAAAUCUACAAAAGUUGAAUGGUGUCAAACUCUAAAGCUCUAGUCACUUCAUAGCUUUUACCAAACAAGUGGGCUCUUGAGGAUCGGUAACAUCGUUUUCUAAAUCAUUAUCUUCCUCUUCCUGAUUAUCGUUCUUCAUUUGCUGCAUAAUUUCUUCAUCAGAAAGAAUCUGAUCACCAAGAUCGUCGAAGAUUUAACCAAUCGUUUAUAUUGGUAUUGCUACAUUCCUCAAAACCUGGUGCUUCUUCAAUGAUUUCUCUUAUUUCAUCCGGAUUACCUCUUUCUUGUGGUUCUUAAGGAUCAUCUGGAUUAGUAUCACCACUUUCUUGCGAAACUCAUGGCUUAGAACGCAGCUUUUUCUUUUACUGCUUAGUACAAAUUCUACACCAUUCUCAAUACCUAGAAGCAGCAUUUGAAGCAAUUGCUUUCUGCGGAAACGUUUUGAUGUUCCCAUCACGCCUUGGUUCAUUCACGUCACAUUUGGCGGAAAAAACAACACAUUGAACUUGCCAUCAUGUAAGCUCUGAUUGGUGAGUUGAUGUAUUAUCCAUAUUAAUCUGUUUUUUGUUGGUUUUUCUGUUUCCAUCCAGGAAUUUUUUUGAUUUUUGUAUUCAACAGAGGACUUGAUUAUGCCCUUAAAACAUCUAGUGUGCUUUGCUUUCCCAAUAAUAAGCAGCGAGUCCCUGUGAUCACCAAUAGAGUUUGCGCAAACCAUGGCUGUACCAAAGCGCCGCAGUUUCUCUUUUAGAAACAAGGCUUUUUCCAGUUGAGAUCUUUCAGAAAGGUAGUUGCACGGCUUUCCAAUUAGAAACAUGGAGCACGACUUUUAAAUACCUACUCCACGUUCAGAAUUAGUUAAGGGCUCAAUAUUUUACAAUGCAAAAAAGUGCACAAUCAUUUACCAAUUGAAAUCAAAUCUAUAUCAUCUUUUCCCGCAUUUGGUAAUAAAUUGAGGGUAUAUUUACAGGAAAGUGCCUUCCAAUCUCUGAAGCUGUUUCGUCCUGCUGGAACCAUGUUUUUUUUGUUCUAAUUAAAGCACCGCACUGAAAAUAAGUUCGUACUGUCUUUUAUUUGAAUUUGGUCAGGUUAUUCAUUCUAAAUUGCAUACAAGGUGUCUCAAAAGAUAUCUUGAUAUUGCUGAUUGCGUAACUCGAGGAGCGCUGGGAAUAUGUCAAUUUGUAGCCUGGUUCUUGUAGACUGUAGUGCUCGACUGAAGAGAAAAUGGGCAUCCAAGGUAUUCUCAAACCAACUGAAAAGCAUCGGGAUGCUGAUCAAAGAAUCGGCUUCGUAAACCAGAUGAUUAAUCGCUUUCCAGUCUUUAAUGAAUGAAGCGAUUGACACGUCAAAAAGCUUCUGGAAUCCAAACCACAAACAUCUGAAACCUCUAAAUUGACUGCGGUAUCAGUUAUAGUCAAAUUAGAGCAUUAUGUGCAGAUGUUAGACGAAUUCUUCGUGUCUGAACUGUGAAACUUGGUCUCCGAGAAUUUUUUCUCUGUACUUUACUUUUAGUAGUUUAUCAAAGAAAUUGGAUAAGUACCAAGAAGUUUGAUACCCAAUUUAAUUGCAGGAUAUAAUCUUAUAAAACGUAAACUGUUUGGAACUAACGAAAGUACAAUGAGAAUUCGAUAGAUUCGAAAUUAUUUGCUACUAUUCUGUAUAAAUCCACUAUAUGUUGCCUGUUGUUGGUUAAACUCUAUGGAUAAACCUUCAAGAAUACUUUUCAAACUAUUUUUGAUAAUUGAGUCAACCAAUAAUCCUUAUAUUCAUAUUCUAAUCAAAAUAUUCAAAAUUAAUAUUUGAAUUCGAUGUUUUUGUAGCUGAUUAAUUUCGUUUUUACUUUGUUUUAUUCAAUUCUACAUUUCUAAAUGAUUCGAAAUAUUGAUAUAAAGAUAAAUAGAUGAAAAUAUGUUUUUACUUUUCUAUCCACAAUGUUGUAGAAAUUAGCCAAAGGACUGAAUGCGAUGAAAUGAUCUAUUCCAUAUCUGUGUGUAAUCAUUUACUGUAUCCAUUAUUUAAAUAUAUGUAUAGAUACUCAGUUAAUAACUUUGUAAAUAAUAAAAUAAGUUAGUGGAAAGCAAUAAUUAAAAUUAUGAAAUUCGAUUAAAAUCAUUCGUUAGGAUUCGUAAUAAAUACAGCUGUAUAUUUUCAAGCUUCCCUGUAUAAUAAAACUAGCGAUAACAAUGUGAAAACCUCACAAUGACAAUUCGGCUUUACUAUUCGUACAUUGGAAAAUCCGCACUUGAGAGUUUUUGCUUCGAAAUAGGUCCAAAAAGUGCGUACUUCAGACCAAUUUAUAAAAAAAAUAUUAUACAACACAUCUGUUAAAAAUUUAAGAGUUAGAACAGGCUAAUUUGGCGAUUUUGAGCUAAAAUUGUUGCGAGAUUUUGUGAGAUUUUGAUUUUAAAGAUUCUGGGAGGUUUUGGGAUACUAAAUAAGUCUAGUAACUCUUAUUACGGGCACGGAUUUUCGAAAAUUUUGGGACUUGAAACUCAAACAAAUUUUGAAACACGAAUAACUCGAAUACUAAGAGGAAUUCGAAAAAAAGUGCUGAAGCAAAAAAUGUAGAAUAGGAAAUUCUCUACAAAAAAUUAAGUCCGUUAUUUGAUCGUAACCUCAAAAUUUUCACCUUAAAAUGGGUUUAUAUACUCAAAAAUAGUUUGAAUCACGAAUAACUCGAAAAAAAAGUGCUGGAACAAAAAAUGUACAGCACAAAAUUCUCUAAAGAUUGGUCGGUAAACAUGUUUUCUUAACCUCAUAAUUUUCACCGUAAAAUUUCACUCAAAAAUAUUGAAUCGCGAAUAACUCGAAAACUAUGAAGAAUUCCAAAAAAACCGCAGUGACAAAAAAUCUAGAGUAGAAAAUUCUCUAAAGAUUGGUCUGUAAGCAUUUUUUCCGAACCUCAAAACUUUCAACGUAAAAUGGGUCAUGUACUCAAAAAUACUUUGAAACGUGAAUAACUCGAAAACUACGAGGAAUUCGAAAAAAAAUGUCAUGACAAAAAAUAUAGAAUAGAAAAUUCUCUACAAAAAAGUAUCCUAGGUAUUUUAUCUUAACCUCAAAAUUUUCCCCUUAAAUUGGGUUCAUGUACUCAAAAAUAUUUUGAACCGUGAAUUCCCGAAAACUUUGGGGAAUUCGAACAAAACUGUCGUGACAAAAAAUGUAGAGAAGAAAAUUCUCUACAAAAAAGUAUCAGAAGUAUUUUUUCCUAACCUCAAAAUUUUCAUCGUAAAAUGCGUUCAUCAACAACAAUAAGAAUAAAAAUCGACUUUUGUCAGCUUAGAACUUUGAAUUUAUUCCAUAUAUAUGAACCGCAUUGUAUAUUAAUGAAAAUAGAUUUGAAAGCACUUAUAAAUAUUUAUUGUGAUAAUGAAAAGUCACGAAAAUAUUAUUUACAAAGUUAUUGGGGAUAAACGUGGAUUUUCAAAUGUAAGUAUUUUGAAAAAAAAUUCUGAAUGUUACCUGUAUCUUCCAAAAUAUUUAAGCAAAUGUCUUAUGUGUUUAGCUUCUAAGAUUAUCAUUACUAUUUACGUGCCAAUAUUUUCUCAUGUCACUGUACUAAAUGUCGUAUUAUUUUUUUGUUAUUUAGCAACAAUUUUUGAUUCAAAACAAGUUGAGUAAACGAAAACUUUAGUGGAAAAUAAAGAAAAUAAUUGAUUUUUCAAAUAAAAAUCAUGAAGUUUUGAUGAAAACUCAAAAAAAUACUGCAUAGUUGUUUCCGUCUAAAACACACCGACAUUUGUCUUUGGAAACUGACUUCUUCAAAAAAAAGCGAGAUUUAUCUUUAAAGACUGUCUUUUCUUUGAAACAAACCGUCAUUUGUCUUUGGAGACUGUUUUUUACAAAAUAAAUCGACUAAGUUGGUUAGGUUUAUACCAUUUCUACAAUUACACUCUUUGACGCGAAUUUCGACAACCAAGUCAUCGUCUUCAGAGACUGGAGUCUCUGUUUUCAUCUUCAAUGCCUGAACUGUAAAUAGUUUGUCUUUUUAAUGAUGCUCGACCCUGCUUUACUUCAUCACACAAAUCAUCUAGAUCGUUAUCGUCAUUUUGAUUAAAAGUGUAGUGAUUUUUUGGUUUUCUCUAUUUUCUUAUGUUAUUUGGUUCUUUUUUGGUAAUCCUUUCCUUCGUUUCCUCAAGUUCUCUUACAUCUUUGGUAGUUUCAGCCUUGCUUUACUAAUUCAGCUAGUUUUUUUGUUUUUUCUUUAUUUCGGCGACCAAUCGCAUGGAUUUUUCUCCGAAGUUCAAACAAUUUGGAGCCCAUCGUGUCGUUAUUUCGCGGCCAUCUUUGAACGCUUCGGCCCAUUUAAAUACCGUAGAUCUGCACAGACAUUCACUACCGAAUUGAUUUACUAUACUACACUGUGGAAAAGGACUCAGAUAACACUUAAUCAAGCCGCGAUUUUCGAUACAAACAGUGUCAUUUACAGCGUUGAUCUCGGAUCAUAUUUGAACUUACUUCGUAUUUUCCUGAAAAUUAUGUUCAUUCUAACUCAUACUGAGCACACUGCUCACAUCACCACUACACUAACAUUAAUAAUUACACUGUUUAACGCGAGUUUCGUUAACCAAGUUAUCGUCUUCAGAGACUCCUUUUACCUUCAGUCUCUGAAGUAGGUGGUAGUUUAAACAGUCUGUUCAGUGUGAAUGUCACCAGAAGUUCCAGAAAUACCAACUUAAACUAGAAUUCUUCAAGUUAAUUUCCUAGUUUAGAAAUAUUGAAAAUUAAGAAUAUCGAUUUUCUCUUUUUUCACUACAAGUUUUUGAUAUCACUAAUUUUGAAUCUAGCAACGGCAGUUCGGUAAUUCGGGUACAUGUUAGCAUCUAUAAUUAGAUGAAUAAAUAAUUUGCUCGUCCUAAAUCAUCAAAUACUUACGUAUCUCGAACGUACAAUAAAUAUUUUUUCUAGUGGGUCAAUAUCAUAUUUUUAUAUAAUUUUUUGAAUUUUUGAAAUUAAAAAUUGAGUUUAGAGCACUAAAUAAUUUUAUUCAACUGUCACUACUAAAUUUAUUAUCAAUUACUACCUUAUGUAAUCGAUUAAAAACGUUAACAAACUAAUUUUUUACAGUCUAUCCCGUGUUUGUUUUGUACUUGCGAUUUAGUUCAUUAGAUGACAGCACUGGUUCCUUCCUGUAUCAUUAAAUAUUUCAGAAGUGACUCCAUAAAUGUUAACACUCAGGUGUUAAGCCUCUUCUUUCGCACCAGGUCGGUUUGUGUUCCUAUAGAAAUUGCACCACAAAUCAAGCAGGAACUACCUCGAUAAGCGCAAUCUGCAAAAUCGCUUUCUUAGUCUUGGGUACACUCCAAUCGCUACUAUGAAGGCAUAUUCUGGAAUCAUCUGAGAACAAAACAGAUCCCAACAAACGUCCAAUUCGGAUGAUCUUGAGUAAGCAAAAAUCAGGUUUACUUGACGAAGAUCUGGAGUAAGUUUUCGAACCAAUCGCAGGUGUUUUUUUGUUGUUUGUGUUGUUUAGUUCAAGACUAAAGUUAACCAAAUCGGGCCAGCCGUUUUCGAAUAUUUAAAGUCGAAAGUUUACAGCCUAUUUCUAUGUACGUAAAUUUAUAUAAAUAGUAAAAUAUUGAUCUACUAGAUAAUACGUUUACCUAAAUUAGAAAAUAAAACAAACAAAUUUAUCUUUUGAUUUCAAAGUUUUUUUAUCGUCUGUCUCCCAGUAUUUAAAUUUAAGUAACAACAAUAAGUUUUGAGUUAUCUUAGAUGGUAUGUUGUUAAAAUCAACAUACCAGGAUACCAUUUUAGAGUCCUUUAGUUGAUCAAAAUCAACACGAGUGCUAAAAGAAUUUGAUGGUAAAUAAAAUCAACUUUUUUCCAUGAGUCACCAACCAGCGCGUUUAUAAAGACAAGAAGACGAAGAUAGAUUCUUGGAACGAGUUGCAUGGAAGAUACCAGAAGGCAAGAGGUAAAUAGUUAGACCAAAAAAACGGUGGAGGGAAGUAGUAGAAGAAGACCUUGGAGAGAAAAACAUCCAGUAAGGGAUAGAAAGAAGUAAAGAGAAAAUAUAAGGCUAUGGGCCUAAUGGUUUGCAUGUAACAGUCGUUGUUGAAUUAUUGCCGUUGAAUAUAUUGAUAAGAAUAUUCUAUCAAUAGAUACUUUGAAAUAUUUUUGUUGUUACUUGAAUUAUGAAACCGUUGUGUGGUUUUAAAUGGAAUUUUAAAUCACUAUUUUAGUCCUUAUUAUACGAUGCACAAUUUGGAAUUUUGAAGUUUGUAAAUUUAUAUAUUCUAAUGUAAGUCGGAUUUGUAAAAUAAAAUUUUUCUGUGAAUGUAA